AUGGCCUUGGAUCCCCGUUUCUACAAUCACCUUGGCCAUGGCACCGGUCCUAGCUCGCAGUCCUCGAUUACGUCCGCAGGCUCCGCCAUCACCGGGAUAACAAGUCCGUCUAUCCGCUCCACCAAUGCCUCAUCUGCGGCUUUGCGGUCCACGGCAUCUAGCCCUUCCCUGCGCGCCAAGCAGGGCGUGGUCAUGUCCCCGAGUCGCAUCGAGGGGGUGGCUAGUCCGUCGCCUGGAGGAAAUGUGCGCGUGGUGGUGCGGGUGCGGAAUUUCUUGCCGAGAGAAGUCGACCGCAAUGCCGAGUGUCUGAUCACCAUGGACCCGAACACACAAAUGACGAAACUAAGAGCGCCGCGCAUUAACCCGCAGGACGAAGGGAAGCCGAAAUCGCAAGCGCGAGGGAAGGUCCUGGAGGACAAGUCGUUCAUAUUCGACAACUCGUUCUGGUCGCAUGACACAGAUGACGAGCACUACGCCUACCAGGAGGAUGUGUACAAUUGUCUCGGAGAGGAAUUUCUCGACCACAACUUUGAGGGUUACCACACUUGCAUCUUCGCCUACGGUCAAACAGGUUCCGGAAAGAGUUACACGAUGAUGGGGACCCCGGAUCAACCGGGGCUCAUCCCGCGAACCUGCGAGGACCUGUUUCAGCGCAUUGAGGGCGCACAAACGGCCGAUAUGAGUUUCAACGUUCGCGUGUCCUACUUCGAGGUUUACAACGAGCAUGUGCGCGACCUGCUAGUCCCACGAACGGACCCUCCGCAUUAUCUUCGGAUUCGCGAGUCGCCGUCUGAGGGGCCCUACAUCAAAGAUCUUAACGAAGUGUCGGUGCGCAACUUUGCAGAACUCAUGAAAUUCAUGCGCAAGGGGGACGUGUCGCGGACUGUUGCAAGCACCAAGAUGAACGACACUUCCUCGCGUUCCCAUGCCGUCUUUACAAUCACUCUGAAGCAGAUCCACCAUGACCUGUCCACCGACGAGACCACCGAGCGUACAGCGCGUAUUCGACUCGUUGAUCUGGCGGGCUCUGAACGCGCCAAGUCCACCGAAGCCACCGGCCAGCGAUUGCGCGAGGGGUCUAACAUUAACAAAUCACUAACGACGCUAGGCCGGGUCAUUGCAGCGCUGGCAGAUCCCAAAGCAGGCCGCCCAGGGAAACGUAAAGCAAAAGAUGUGGUGCCAUAUCGGGAUUCUAUACUUACCUGGUUGCUGAAAGACAGCUUGGGAGGUAACUCGAAAACGGCCAUGAUUGCCUGUAUCUCGCCGUCAGAUUACGAAGAAACUUUGUCGACCCUGCGGUAUGCAGACCAGGCCAAGCACAUCCGCACGCGGGCUCGAGUAAACCAGGAUCAUCUCUCUGCGGCGGAACGAGACAAACAGAUCGCAGAGAUGGCAGAGACAAUCCGCACGCUCCAACUCAGUGUCAGCCUUGCCACGGCCAACAAACGGGAGACUGACAUGCAAAAUGAGAAAUUGGAAGAUUACCAGCAGAAAGUGGAGAAACUCCAGCGAAUGCAGGAGGAGACAAAGAUGGUCAGUGAGAGCAAGAUUAAACAAUUACAGACUGAGAACGAAGCGCUCCGCAACCAUCUCAAACUCGCACUCGAUAGCUUAAAGAACCCAAUCCCUCCGGUGACCCUCGAGAAACGCAGCAGCAGCUUAAGCACUGUAAGCGAAAACGACAGCUGCUUGGCCUCGCGAGAUAAGGAAAAUCGUCCCGGAUCACCCACAUCAGACGUGGAGACUGAGCCAGAUCUUGUCUGGGAGGAUGACGAGGAUACCAUCCAUAUCAAUGACAACCACCUCGAAGCCCAAGACAUGCAGUCCAAUAUGGAAGAUCUCCUCAUGGACCUCAGUCUUUUCAAACGCAAGCUGGCGUCCGACCAUGAACGCUUCCGAGCGAUCCAGGGACAUCCGAGUCGCAAACGCCGACGAGCUCUGGGCGACAUCUGGACCAAUAACCGAUAG